GUGGCUCACUCGCACACUUCAGUCACAGAAGCCACUAACCGGAAUCGAGUGAAGACCGAAGUAUGUCACUGAAAAUACGAACAUUUUAUAGGUAGUCGUCUUCGUGGGACUCUAACCUGAAGGUGCUUAGGAUCCAAAGGCGAGCCGCAGCGAUGGACCUGGAGUUGGGGAACCUGUUCUUCAUUGCCGGAGGCACUUUGGUCAUUCCUAUCCUGGCCUUCGUGGCCUCCUUCCUGCUGUGGCCUGCUGCUCUGAUCAGGGUGUAUUACUGGUACUGGAGGAGGGCGCUGGGCCUGCAGGCUCGCUUUGCCGAGUGUGAGUCGUACCGCUUCUGCUACUCCACCAGAGGGAAGAUGGGGACCAAACCGUCCGUUCUGAUGCUGCACGGCUUCUCCACGCACAAGGACAUGUGGCUGUCUGUGGCCAAGUUCCUGCCGAAACACGUCCAUCUGGUGUGUGUGGACAUGCCGGGUCACGAGGGCACCUCGCGCACCAGCGCCCAGGACUACUCCAUCGACGGACAGGUCCUCAGGAUACACCAGUUUGUGGAGAGUAUCCGGCUGAAUAAGAAGCCCUUCCACCUGGUGGGCACGUCCAUGGGAGGGAACGUGGCUGGAGUGUACGCCGCGCGCUACCCCUCUGACGUCUCCGGACUGACGCUCAUCUGCCCUGCAGGCCUGAAGCAGCCGCAUGAAAGCAGGUUUGUGAAGCACCUGCGGGCCUUGGAGAAGGCCCAGAACAUCCAGAACAUUCCGCUCAUACCGUCCACGUCAGAGGAGAUGGACCAGAUGAUAAAGCUGGUCUCGCAUAUCCGCUACAAGAUCCCCCAGCAGAUCCUUCAAGGACUCGUGGAUGUUCGAAUACCUCACAAUGAUUUCUAUCGAGAAGCAUUCAUGGAGAUAGUGGGGGAGAACUCGAGAUAUUCCCUGCAUGACAAUAUGCACCUGAUCACAGCCCCUGUGCAAGUCAUUUGGGGAAAACAGGACCAGGUGGUGGAUGUUUCCGGAGCCUCGGUCUUAGAAGAUGCCCUGCCUGCGUGUCAGGUGCACCUUCUGGACAACUGCGGUCACUCUGUGCCCGUGGAACGGCCUCGCAAGACCGCCACACUCAUCAUGGACUUUCUCAUCGCCCAGCAAAACGUGGGGAACGGCAGCAGCAAGAAGAUGUCCUGAGAAAAUACCUUUUUAUAAUUAUAAUAAUGUACAUACAAUUUUAGAACGUGUAGGUUUCUGACCCAGUCGUCUCUCAGGGAAUCACCCCCCCCCCCC